UCCUAUGCACCCAUUGGCACACUGGGGUACCGUUCAGUGCUGUCCAUUGGCUCACCGAGCUGCCACUCAGUGCCGUCCAUUGGCUCACCGAGCUGUCAUUCAGUGCUGUUUACAUUGAGCGUUUAGCGAGGUGGAAUUUCCCAGGUUACAGCGCAGACCACUUCCGCAAUAGAUGUCUGGGUAGGAGAAGACAGGCCACUCCACUGAAAGACUCUCCGUUCUAUGAAUUAUGAACGAAGAGAGGAAAAGAGGUCGAAAAGACUCCAAGGGGUUCCGAGCACCAUGCUUAGUAAGUGAAGCGGUGGCGAUGGACGGGAAAGGACCCUACCGGAUCUACGACCCUGGCGGGAGUGAGGCCAAGGCCAGAGAGGACUUCAGCUACCGCCAGCUCCUGGAGGAGAACGGCAUACUGAGGGAGAGGAUGAAGGGGCUGAAAAGCUUAGGAUGCCAGUUUGAUCCUGUUGGUCGCUUCGGCGACCUGCUGGAGGAGUCCCAGACGGAGGCCUCGCGACUGCGUCAGAGGGUGGAGGAGCUGGUCCGGGACAACGAGGCCCUCAAGUCCUCCAUCUUCACCACCAGCCUCUGCACGGGAGGAGAGAGAGACCGGGUUGGAGAGAGAGACCGGGUUGGAGAGAGAGACCGGGUUGGAGAGAGAGACCGGGUUGGAGAGAGAGACCGGGUUGGAGAGAGAGACCGGGGUGGGCCGAGCGAAGCCCAGCUCACGCCUCACAGGCUUUCAGCCAAAGCCCACGCGCUCAUUAGCCAGGAGCUGAAGGAAGACCCGGCGUGUUCCUCGGGCAAGGCCCUGCAGCCCGAGAAGCCUCUGGAGGGCCUCACAGAAGAUGAACUGGUACAUUUAGAACACAAGGCGUUGGAAGGUCACAGUACGGCGGCGGCUGCGGCGGCGGCGGCCCUGGGGGUGGUGGCGGCGCAUCAGCCCCAGGACAACAUGGAGCUGGCCAGCCAGCUGCAGCGGCUGGAAAGCUCCUUCAGCGUGUUCGCCGAGGAGUCCAACCCCAACCAGCUGCUGGCCCACCUGGGCCGCAUGGCCGUGGAGUUCCACCACCUGUCCUCCAAGGUGCAGAAGAACGAGCAGCGCACCUCGCUCCUGCAGACACUUUGUGAGCAGCUCAGACAGGAGAACAAUGAGCUUCGAAAGAAAAUGGAAGAGGAUCAUCAGUUCAGGAAUCGAGACUUGGAACAACUGAGGCUUGAGAACCAGAAGCUGAAGGAGCUGGUGACCGGCGGGGCGGACCCAGCGGUUCAGACAGACAGUGAGCCAGAAGACGCCAAGGAGGAGCCAGUGAAGGAGGAAUCCCCCAGCGUCAGAUCCAAGAUGGAAAUGACCACUCCAUCCAAGAGUGCGAAAGCUGCGGAGAAAACCCCCGUGAAGUCAUGUGACCCGGAGGUGUACGAAAAGAAGAUCAAGCUUUUGGAGAAACAGAGAAAGGAUGUGCUGGAGGUGAACAAGCAGUGGGACGUCCAGUGGAACAACAUGAAGACCCAGUUUGAGCAGAAGAUCACGGACCUCCGGCAGCGGCUGGCUGACUCCCAGAAGGCGGUGGUGGAGCUGGAGGCGGAGCGGGAACAGCGGCAGCGGGACUACGACAAGAAGCUCCUGCUGGCCAAGUCCAAGAUCGAGAACGUCCAGGGCGAGAAGGAGUGUCUGAACUCGGAGACGACGGAGCUGAAGCAGAAGGUGCGCUACCUGCAGGACCAGCUGCUGCCGCUCAGCAAGCAGAGGGAGUACCAGGAGAAGGAGAUCCAGAGGCUCAACAGGGCGUUGGAGGAGGCCCUGAAUCUGCAUCCCCCCGCCGCCUCCCAGCCCCCACCGGGCCAGGGUAACCACGGCGACGCCGCCAGCAACCUGAAGAAGCAGGAACUGCUGACUCAGGUGGCGGUGCUCAAGGAGCAGGUGAAGAUCUUUGAAGAGGACUUCAGGAAAGAGAGGAGCGACCGGGAGCGCAUGAACGAGGAGAAGGAGGAUCUGAGGAGACAAGUGGAGAGGCUUCAGGGUCAAAUGACGAAUUUAACCAAUCAGCUCCACCAGGCACAGAAUGAGUGCCAGAGAGAACGGACGGAAAGGUGUAAGCUGGAGAGACUGCAGAUGCAGCACCACAAACAGGUGGGCGCUGGGCAGGGCCUGGAGGGCUGGCCUGUACACUUCCCCCCCCGGAUGCCCAACGCAGCGGGCGCUACGGCCGCCGCCGCUGCCGCCGCCGCCGCCGCAGCCAACGCGGCAGCACCGCCCCCCGGACGCGACCCGGGUUUUCCUUGGCAGUCGUCCUUCCCACAGCCCAGAGGGUCCAGAGUCACCGGGGAGGGUUCGAGACCCCCGCCAGAGACCACAGAUCAGUCAACGGCGGCAGGAUUCGGAAAAAGGGAAAGACAGAACCUUGACCCUGGAAAGCACUAGAAGCAUCACUGAUCCAACCAAAUGAAGCUUGGGUAGUAGCAUGAUUCAGUUUGUUUUGAUUUGACAAGGUGUAAUUUGAACUAUAAUUUUCCUACUGAACUGUAGAUAUCGGAAUGUUGUUUAUACUUGCGUUUUAUAAGCCUAUUUGUGAAACACUGUUUUCGCUAUUCUGAAUAUAUAUACAUGAUAUAUUGUUUAGAUUUUUUUAAACUUAUUAUUUUUGAGACUCAAUCUGCUUCAUAUGAUUCUAUGCAGGAACCGAAGUCAUUUGUUAAAUAGGUUGGAAACUAUCAACAUACUUUUUUUUUUUCUGACAAUAUACCUACGUGAUUGUCUCUGCAGAAAUGUAACAACUUCACAUACCUAGUUUGUUACUCGUUGAGUUAAACGGAAGCCAUUCCCGAUUUAAGAACAAGACCACAUAUAUUCAUUCCAACAAAGAAUGAUUAUGUAGGUACAUUGAAUCAUAGACAUUGUAAUGUGAAUGUUAUUUCAUUUAUGAUGAUUUCUUCAGUACCAUUGAUGUUCUAGACCUGUCCCAUAUGUGUAACUGUUCAAAAGUGAUUGUUGAAAUACUAAAAUUUUGGGAAAUUAAUUUUGAUGGUAUCAUGGCAAAAAAUACAUGAUUGUGAUUAUUGAUAAUUUAUUUAUAAUCUAAUGUUUUGAUAGUUGCAUUGACUCAGUGUAAAUCAUUGUCUUUAGUAAUGCUGUUCUUUCUAUGUUGUUACUGUAAUCCCAAUAUAUUGUAGCUAUUGGCAUUGUAUGUUUGUAUCAGACACACAAUACUCGACAAAACAGCACAUACACAUACAAACGCGUUUUUUCACUCUAAUGGACCUAAUCUCAUAAAAACCAACACUUUAAUUUACCGCA